CUGAAUACAACACACUUUAUUUGGAAAAUCUUUAAGGAUUAUCAUGUCGAAAGCUGCAUUUAUAUCACAGUAUGGCAAAAUGCUGAAAUGUACAUUAGUCAUUGGAUGCAUUAUAAUGAUUAAAGGACAAACUACAAAUACAGAAAGUCAGAUUGGUACAGAUCAGUCAUCAACAGGUCUCUCAUUAACACCUGAAGCUACAAACCAGUCAUCAACAUUUGAAGCCUCAGAAAUGGUACCUUCAUCAUCAGUAACAGUUUCACCAUUAACUUCACCAAAAUCAUCUAUGGAUCCAUCAUCAACCUCUGAAUCUACAGAAACAUUUUCAACAACAUUGGUUCUUAAAUCACACUUUACUUCACCAGAAUCAUCUACAGAUCACUCAACAUCUGAAUCGCCAGAAGUGUCAAGCAAAACUACUACAACAUUAUCAUAUAUAUCUCCAGAGUCAUCAACAGAUCUCUCAUUAACAUCUGAAUCUCCAGACACUUCAUAUACACCAUCAGAUACAGUCUCACCAUCUACUUCACCAGAAUCAUCUGUUUAUCCAUCAUCAACCUCUGAAUCUUCAGAAUCUUUUUCAACACCAUCUGUUACAGAAACACUCAUCACUUCAUCAAAAUCAUCUACAGAUCACUCAACAUCUGAAUCUCAAGAAGUGACAACCAAAACCACUACAACAUUACCGUAUUCUUCCCCAGAGUUAUCAACAGAACUCUCAUUAAUUCCUGAAGCUCCAGUAACUUUAUCUACACCUUUGUAUACAGUAUCACCAUCUAGUUCACCAGAGUCAUCUACAGAACGCACAGCAUCUGAAUCUCCAGAAGCUUCAACACAAGAAAUUACAGCAUCACCUUAUACUUCCCCAGAAUUAUCUACAAACCAGUCAUCAACAUUUGAAGCCUCAGAAACAGCACCUUCAUCAUCAGUAACAGUUUCACCAUUCACUUCACCAAAAUCAUCUAUGGAUCCAUCAUCAACCUCUGAAUCUACAGAAACAUUUUCAACAACAAUGGUUCCCAAAUCAUGCUUUACUUCACCAGAAUCAUCUACAGAUCACUCAACAUCUGAAUCCCCAGAAGUGACAACCAAAACCACUACAACAUUACCGUAUUCUUCCCCAGAGUCAUCAACAGAUCUCUCAUUAACUCCUGAAGCUCCAGUAACUUUAUCUACACCUUUAUAUACAGUAUCACCAUCUAGUUCACCAGAGUCAUCUACAGAACGCACAGCAUCUGAAUCUCCAGAAGCUUCCACACAAGAAAUUACAGCAUCACCUUCUACUUUUCCAGAAUUAUCUACAAACCAGUCAUCAACAUUUGAAGCCUCAGAAACAGCACCUUCAUCAUCAGUAACAGUUUCACCAUUCACUUUACCAAAAUCAUCUACAGAUCACUCAACAUCUGAAUCACCAGAAGUGUCAAGCAAAACUACUUCAACAUUAUCAUAUAUAUCUCCAGAGUCAUCAACAGAUCUCUCAUUAACACCUGAAUCUCCAGACACUUCAAAUACACCAUCAGAUACAGUCUCACCAUCUACUUUACCAGAAUCAUCUGUUUAUCCAUCAUCAACCUCUGAAUCUUCAGAAUCUUUUUCAACACCAUCCGUUACAGAAACACUCAUCACUACAUCAAAAUCAUCUACAGAUCACUCAACAUCUGAAUCUCAAGAAGUGACAACCAAAAUCACUACAACAUUACCAUAUUCUUCACCAGAGUCAUCAACAGAUCUCUCAUUAACACCUGAAUCUCCAGACACUUCAUAUACACCAUCAGAUACAGUCUCACCAUCUACUUCACCAGAAUCAUCUGUUUAUCCAUCAUCAACCUCUGAAUCUUCAGAAUCUUUUUCAACACCAUCCGUUACAGAAACACUCAUCACUUCACCAGAAUCAUCUACAGAUCACUCAACAUCUGAAUCCCCAGAAGUGUCAACCAAAACUACUACAACAUUAUCAUAUAUAUCUCCAGAGUCAACAGAUCUCUCAUUAACACCUGAAUCUCCAGACACUUCAUAUACACCAUCAGAUACAGUCUCACCAUCUACUUCACCAGAAUCAUCUGUUUAUCCAUCAUCAACCUCUGAACCUUCAGAAUCUUUUUCAACACCAUCCGUUACAGAAACACUCAUCACUUCAUCAAAAUCAUCUACAGAUCACUCAACAUCUGAAUCGCCAGAAGUGUCAAGCAAAACUACUACAACAUUAUCAUAUAUAUCUCCAGAGUCAUCACCAGAUCUCUCAUUAACAUCUGAAUCUCCAGACACUUCAUAUACACCAUCAGAUACAGUCUCACCAUCUACUUCACCAAAAUCAUCUAUGGUACCAUCAUCAACCUCUGAAUCUACAGAAACAUUUUCAACAACAUUGGUUCCUAAAUCACACUUUACUUCACCAGAAUCAUCUACAGAUCAUUCAACAUCUGAAUCACCAGAAGUGUCAAGCAAAACUACUACAACAUUAUCAUAUAUAUCUCCAGAGUCAUCAACAGAUCUCUCAUUAACACCUGAAUCUCCAGACACUUCAUAUACACCAUCAGAUACAGUCUCACCAUCUACUUCACCAGAAUCAUCUGUUUAUCCAUCAUCAACCUCUGAAUCUUCAGAAUCUUUUUCUACACCAUCCGUUACAGAAACACUCAUCACUUCACCAGAAUCAUCUACAGAUCACUCAACAUCUGAAUCGCCAGAAGUGUCAAGCAAAACUACUACAACAUUAUCAUAUAUAUCUCCAGAGUCAUCAACAGAUCUCUCAUUAACAUCUGAAUCUCCAGACACUUCAUAUACACCAUCAGAUACAGUCUCACCAUCUACUUCACCAGAAUCAACUAUUUAUCCAUCGUCAACCUCUGAAACUUCAGAAUCUUUUUCAACACCAUCCGUUACAGAAACACUCAUCACUUCAUCAACAUCAUCUACAGAUCACUCAACAUCUGAAUCUCAAGAAGUGACAACCAAAAUCACUACAACAUUACCAUAUUCUUCACCAGAGUCAUCAACAGAUCUCUCAUUAACAUCUGAAUCUCCAGACACUUCAUAUACACCAUCAGAUACAGUCUCACCAUCUACUUCACCAAAAUCAUCUAUGGAUCCAUCAUCAACCUCUGAAUCUACAGAAACAUUUUCAACAACAUUGGUUCCUAAAUCACACUUUACUUCACCAGAAUCAUCAACAGAUCACUCAACAUCUGAAUCGCCAGAAGUGUCAAGCAAAACUACUACAACAUUAUCAUAUAUAUCUCCAGAGUCAUCAACAGAUCUCUCAUUAACACCUGAAUCUCCAGACACUUCAUAUACACCAUCAGAUACAGUCUCACCAUCUACUUCACCAGAAUCAACUAUUUAUCCAUCAUCAACCUCUGAACAUUCAGAAUCUUUUUCAACACCAUCCGUUACAGAAACACUCAUCACUUCAUCAAAAUCAUCUACAGAUCACUCAACAUCUGAAUCUCAAGAAGUGACAACCAAAAUCACUACAACAUUACCAUAUUCUUCACCAGAGUCAUCAACAGAUCUCUCAUUAACACCUGAAUCUCCAGACACUUCAUAUACACCAUCAGAUACAGUCUCACCAUCUACUUCACCAGAAUCAUCUGUUUAUCCAUCAUCAACCUCUGAAUCUUCAGAAUCUUUUUCAACACCAUCCGUUACAGAAACACUCAUCACUUCAUCAGAAUCAUCUACAGAUCACUCAACAUCUGUAUCGCCAGAAGUGUCAACCAAAACUACUACAACAUUAUCAUAUAUAUCUCCAGAGUCAUCAACAGAUCUCUCAUUAACACCUGAAUCUCCAGACACUUCAAAUACACCAUCAGAUACAGUCUCACCAUCUACUUCACGAGAAUCAUCUGUUUAUCCAUCAUCAACCUCUGAAUCUUCAGAAUCUUUUUCAACACCAUCCGUUACAGAAACACUCAUCACUUCAUCAGAAUCAUCAACAGAUCACUCAACAUCUGAAUCGCCAGAAGUGUCAAGCAAAACUACUACAACAUUAUCAUAUAUAUCUCCAGAGUCAUCAACAGAUCUCUCAUUAACAUCUGAAUCUCCAGACACUUCAUAUACACCAUCAGAUACAGUCUCACCAUCUACUUCACCAAAAUCAUCUAUGGAUCCAUCAUCAACCUCUGAAUCUACAGAAACAUUUUCAACCACAAUGGUUCCUAAAUCACACUUUACUUCACCAGAAUCAUCAACAGAUCACUCAACAUCUGAAUCGCCAGAAGUGUCAAGCAAAACUACUACAACAUUAUCAUAUAUAUCUCCAGAGUCAUCAACAGAUCUCUCAUUAACACCUGAAUCUCCAGACACUUCAUAUACACCAUCAGAUACAGUCUCACCAUCUACUUCACCAGAAUCAUCUGUUUAUCCGUCAACAACCUCUGAAUCUUCAGAAUCUUUUUCAACACCAUCCGUUACAGAAACACUCAUCACUUCACCAGAAUCAUCUACAGAUCACUCAACAUCUGAAUCCCCUGAAGUGUCAACCAAAACUACUACAACAUUAUCAUAUAUAUCUCCAGAGUCAUCAACAGAUCUCUCAUUAACAUCUGAAUCUCCAGACACUUCAUAUACACCAUCAGAUACAGUCUCACCAUCUACUUCACCAGAAUCAUCUGUUUAUCCAUCAUCAACCUCUGAAUCUUCAGAAUCUUUUUCAACACCAUCCGUUACAGAAACACUCAUCACUUCACCAGAAUCAUCUACAGAACACUCAACAUCUGAAUCCCCUGAAGUGUCAACCAAAACUACUACAACAUUAUCAUAUAUAUCUCCAGAGUCAUUAACAGAUCUCUCAUUAACAUCUGAAUCUCCAGACACUUCAUAUACACCAUCAGAUACAGUCUCACCAUCUACUUCACCAAAAUCAUCUAUGGAUCCAUCAUCAACCUCUAAAUCUACAGAAACAUUUUCAACAACAUUGUUUCCUAAAUCACACUUUACUUCACCAGAAUCAUCAACAGAUCACUCAACAUCUGAAUCGCCAGAAGUGUCAAGCAAAACUACUACAACAUUAUCAUAUAUAUCUCCAGAGUCAUCAACAGAUCUCUCAUUAACACCUGAAUCUCCAGACACUUCAUAUACACCAUCAGAUACAGUCUCACCAUCUACUUCACCAAAAUCAUCUAUGGAUCCAUCAUCAACCUCUGAAUCUACAGAAACAUUUUCAACAACAUUGGUUCCUAAAUCACACUUUACUUCACCAGAAUCAUCAACAGAUCACUCAACAUCUGAAUCGCCAGAAGUGUCAAGCAAAACUACUACAACAUUAUCAUAUAUAUCUCCAGAGUCAUCAACAGAUCUCUCAUUAACACCUGAAUCUCCAGACACUUCAUAUACACCAUCAGAUACAGUCUCACCAUCUACUUCACCAGAAUCAUCUGUUUAUCCAUCAUCAACCUCUGAACAUUCAGAAUCUUUUUCAACACCAUCCGUUACAGAAACACUCAUCACUUCAUCAAAAUCAUCUACAGAUCACUCAACAUCUGAAUCUCAAGAAGUGACAACCAAAAUCACUACAACAUUACCAUAUUCUUCACCAGAGUCAUCAACAGAUCUCUCAUUAACACCUGAAUCUCAAGACACUUCAUAUACACCAUCAGAUACAGUCUCACCAUCUACUUCACCAAAAUCAUCUAUGGAUCCAUCAUCAACCUCUGAAUCUACAGAAACAUUUUCAACAACAUUGGUUCCUAAAUCACACUUUACUUCACCAGAAUCAUCAACAGAUCACUCAACAUCUGAAUCGCCAGAAGUGUCAAGCAAAACUACUACAACAUUAUCAUAUAUAUCUCCAGAGUCAUCAACAGAUCUCUCAUUAACACCUGAAUCUCCAGACACUUCAUAUACACCAUCAGAUACAGUCUCACCAUCUACUUUACCAGAAUCAUCUGUUUAUCCAUCAUCAACCUCUGAAUCUUCAGAAUCUUUUUCAACACCAUCCGUUACAGAAACACUCAUCACUUCACCAGAAUCAUCUACAGAUCACUCAACAUCUGAAUCCCCUGAAGUGUCAACCAAAACUACUACAACAUUAUCAUAUAUAUCUCCAGAGUCAUCAACAGAUCUCUCAUUAACAUCUGAAUCUCCAGACACUUCAUAUACACCAUCAGAUACAGUCUCACCAUCUACUUCACCAGAAUCAUCUGUUUAUCCAUCAUCAACCUCUGAAUCUUCAGAAUCUUUUUCAACACCAUCCGUUACAGAAACACUCAUCACUUCACCAGAAUCAUCUACAGAACACUCAACAUCUGAAUCCUCAGAAGUGUCAACCAAAACUACUACAACAUUAUCAUAUAUAUCUCCAGAGUCAUCAACAGAUCUCUCAUUAACAUCUGAAUCUCCAGACACUUCAUAUACACCAUCAGAUACAGUCUCACCAUCUACUUCACCAAAAUCAUCUAUGGAUCCAUCAUCAACCUCUGAAUCUACAGAAACAUUUUCAACAACAUUGGUUCCUAAAUCACACUUUACUUCACCAGAAUCAUCAACAAAUCACUCAACAUCUGAAUCGCCAGAAGUGUCAAGCAAAACUACUACAACAUUAUCAUAUAUAUCUCCAGAGUCAUCAACAGAUCUCUCAUUAACACCUGAAUCUCCAGACACUUCAUAUACACCAUCAGAUACAGUCUCACCAUCUACUUUACCAGAAUCAUCUGUUUAUCCAUCAUCAACCUUUGAAUCUUCAGAAUCUUUUUCAACACCAUCUGUUACAGAAACACUCAUCACUUCACCAGAAUCAUCUACAGAUCACUCAACAUCUGAAUCCCCUGAAGUGUCAACCAAAACUACUACAACAUUAUCAUAUAUAUCUCCAGAGUCAUCAACAGAUCUCUCAUUAACAUCUGAAUCUCCAGACACUUCAUAUACACCAUCAGAUACAGUCUCACCAUCUACUUCACCAAAAUCAUCUAUGGAUCCAUCAUCAACCUCUGAAUCUACAGAAACAUUUUCAACAACAUUGGUUCCUAAAUCACACUUUACUUCACCAGAAUCAUCAACAAAUCACUCAACAUCUGAAUCGCCAGAAGUGUCAAGCAAAACUACUACAACAUUAUCAUAUAUAUCUCCAGAGUCAUCAACAGAUCUCUCAUUAACACCUGAAUCUCCAGACACUUCAUAUACACCAUCAGAUACAGUCUCACCAUCUACUUUACCAGAAUCAUCUGUUUAUCCAUCAUCAACCUCUGAAUCUUCAGAAUCUUUUUCAACACCAUCUGUUACAGAAACACUCAUCACUUCACCAGAAUCAUCUACAGAUCACUCAACAUCUGAAUCCCCUGAAGUGUCAACCAAAACUACUACAACAUUAUCAUAUAUAUCUCCAGAGUCAUCAACAGAUCUCUCAUUAACAUCUGAAUCUCCAGACACUUCAUAUACACCAUCAGAUACAGUCUCACCAUCUACUUCACCAAAAUCAUCUAUGGAUCCAUCAUCAACCUCUGAAUCUACAGAAACAUUUUCAACAACAUUGGUUCCUAAAUCACACUUUACUUCACCAGAAUCAUCAACAAAUCACUCAACAUCUGAAUCGCCAGAAGUGUCAAGCAAAACUACUACAACAUUAUCAUAUAUAUCUCCAGAGUCAUCAACAGAUCUCUCAUUAACACCUGAAUCUCCAGACACUUCAUAUACACCAUCAGAUACAGUCUCACCAUCUACUUCACCAGAAUCAUCUGUUUAUCCAUCAUCAACCUCUGAACAUUCAGAAUCUUUUUCAACACCAUCCGUUACAGAAACACUCAUCACUUCAUCAAAAUCAUCUACAGAUCACUCAACAUCUGAAUCUCAAGAAGUGACAACCAAAAUCACUACAACAUUACCAUAUUCUUCACCAGAGUCAUCAACAGAUCUCUCAUUAACACCUGAAUCUCAAGACACUUCAUAUACACCAUCAGAUACAGUCUCACCAUCUACUUCACCAAAAUCAUCUAUGGAUCCAUCAUCAACCUCUGAAUCUACAGAAACAUUUUCAACAACAUUGGUUCCUAAAUCACACUUUACUUCACCAGAAUCAUCAACAGAUCACUCAACAUCUGAAUCGCCAGAAGUGUCAAGCAAAACUACUACAACAUUAUCAUAUAUAUCUCCAGAGUCAUCAACAGAUCUCUCAUUAACACCUGAAUCUCCAGACACUUCAUAUACACCAUCAGAUACAGUCUCACCAUCUACUUUACCAAAAUCAUCUGUUUAUCCAUCAUCAACCUCUGAAUCUUCAGAAUCUUUUUCAACACCAUCCGUUACAGAAACACUCAUCACUUCACCAGAAUCAUCUACAGAUCACUCAACAUCUGAAUCCCCUGAAGUGUCAACCAAAACUACCACAACAUUAUCAUAUAUAUCUCCAGAGUCAUCAACAGAUCUCUCAUUAACAUCUGAAUCUCCAGACACUUCAUAUACACCAUCAGAUACAGUCUCACCAUCUACUUCACCAGAAUCAUCUGUUUAUCCAUCAUCAACCUCUGAAUCUUCAGAAUCUUUUUCAACACCAUCCGUUACAGAAACACUCAUCACUUCACCAGAAUCAUCUACAGAACACUCAACAUCUGAAUCCCCAGAAGUGUCAACCAAAACUACUACAACAUUAUCAUAUAUAUCUCCAGAGUCAUCAACAGAUCUCUCAUUAACAUCUGAAUCUCCAGACACUUCAUAUACACCAUCAGAUACAGUCUCACCAUCUACUUCACCAAAAUCAUCUAUGGAUCCUUCAUCAACCUCUGAAUCUACAGAAACAUUUUCAACAACAUUGGUUCCUAAAUCACACUUUACUUCACCAGAAUCAUCAACAGAUCACUCAACAUCUGAAUCGCCAGAAGUGUCAAGCAAAACUACUACAACAUUAUCAUAUAUAUCUCCAGAGUCAUCAACAGAUCUCUCAUUAACACCUGAAUCUCCAGACACUUCAUAUACACCAUCAGAUACAGUCUCACCAUCUACUUUACCAGAAUCAUCUGUUUAUCCAUCAUCAACCUCUGAAUCUUCAGAAUCUUUUUCAACACCAUCCGUUACAGAAACACUCAUCACUUCACCAGAAUCAUCUACAGAUCACUCAACAUCUGAAUCCCCUGAAGUGUCAACCAAAACUACUACAACAUUAUCAUAUAUAUCUCCAGAGUCAUCAACAGAUCUCUCAUUAACAUCUGAAUCUCCAGACACUUCAUAUACACCAUCAGAUACAGUCUCACCAUCUACUUCACCAAAAUCAUCUAUGGAUCCAUCAUCAACCUCUGAAUCUACAGAAACAUUUUCAACAACAUUGGUUCCUAAAUCACACUUUACUUCACCAGAAUCAUCAACAAAUCACUCAACAUCUGAAUCGCCAGAAGUGUCAAGCAAAACUACUACAACAUUAUCAUAUAUAUCUCCAGAGUCAUCAACAGAUCUCUCAUUAACACCUGAAUCUCCAGACACUUCAUAUACACCAUCAGAUACAGUCUCACCAUCUACUUUACCAGAAUCAUCUGUUUAUCCAUCAUCAACCUCUGAAUCUUCAGAAUCUUUUUCAACACCAUCUGUUACAGAAACACUCAUCACUUCACCAGAAUCAUCUACAGAUCACUCAACAUCUGAAUCCCCUGAAGUGUCAACCAAAACUACUACAACAUUAUCAUAUAUAUCUCCAGAGUCAUCAACAGAUCUCUCAUUAACAUCUGAAUCUCCAGACACUUCAUAUACACCAUCAGAUACAGUCUCACCAUCUACUUCACCAAAAUCAUCUAUGGAUCCAUCAUCAACCUCUGAAUCUACAGAAACAUUUUCAACAACAUUGGUUCCUAAAUCACACUUUACUUCACCAGAAUCAUCAACAAAUCACUCAACAUCUGAAUCGCCAGAAGUGUCAAGCAAAACUACUACAACAUUAUCAUAUAUAUCUCCAGAGUCAUCAACAGAUCUCUCAUUAACACCUGAAUCUCCAGACACUUCAUAUACACCAUCAGAUACAGUCUCACCAUCUACUUUACCAGAAUCAUCUGUUUAUCCAUCAUCAACCUCUGAAUCUUCAGAAUCUUUUUCAACACCAUCUGUUACAGAAACACUCAUCACUUCACCAGAAUCAUCUACAGAUCACUCAACAUCUGAAUCCCCUGAAGUGUCAACCAAAACUACUACAACAUUAUCAUAUAUAUCUCCAGAGUCAUCAACAGAUCUCUCAUUAACAUCUGAAUCUCCAGACACUUCAUAUACACCAUCAGAUACAGUCUCACCAUCUACUUCACCAAAAUCAUCUAUGGAUCCAUCAUCAACCUCUGAAUCUACAGAAACAUUUUCAACAACAUUGGUUCCUAAAUCACACUUUACUUCACCAGAAUCAUCAACAAAUCACUCAACAUCUGAAUCGCCAGAAGUGUCAAGCAAAACUACUACAACAUUAUCAUAUAUAUCUCCAGAGUCAUCAACAGAUCUCUCAUUAACACCUGAAUCUCCAGACACUUCAUAUACACCAUCAGAUACAGUCUCACCAUCUACUUUACCAGAAUCAUCUGUUUAUCCAUCAUCAACCUCUGAAUCUUCAGAAUCUUUUUCAACACCAUCCGUUACAGAAACACUCAUCACUUCACCAGAAUCAUCUACAGAUCACUCAACAUCUGAAUCCCCUGAAGUGUCAACCAAAACUACUACAACAUUACCGUAUUCUUCCCCAGAGUCAUCAACAGAUCUCUCAUUAACAACUGAAUCUCCAGACACUUCAUAUACACCAUCAGAUACAGUCUCACCAUCUACUUCCCCAGAAUCAUCUAUUUAUCCAUCAUCAUCUGAAUCAUUAACCUCUGAAUCUCCAGAAACCUUACCACAAAUUAUUACAGCAUCACCAUAUACUUCCUCAAAAUCAUUAACCGAUCAGUCAUCAAUAGCUGGCUCUACAAAAACUUUAGCAUCACAAGCGGUUACAGCAUCACCAUCGUUUCCCCCUGAUUUUUCUAUAGAUCACCCAUCAACAUCUAUGUUUUCAGGAUCUUCCACAGAAUUGCUUUUUACAUCUUCAGCAAUAAAACUGACAACCAGUGUUCACUAUCAGUCUACAGCAUUACCUUCCUCUCCAUCAUAUACAACACAAGAAAUAUAUCUACCCUCAACAUUUGCAUCACUACAAUCAACAACCAACAUUUUACCAUCUAAAGAUUCUCCUACAUCUCCAAAUAUUCCUGUAACAACUAUAUCAGAUAUUUCUCCAAUAACAUCAACAAUAGCAAAUGCUCCAAACAUAAACACAAUAAUUGCUGCAAGUCCUUCAACAACCACGUCUUCAUCAAGCAAUACAGUGUCAUCUUUUCAAUUAAUUUCAUCAGCCCAAUUCAUGACAAGUAUUUAUGCAACUCCUCCAACAAAUGUUCACACCACUACUACCACCCUUGCAACAGCAUCUACAAUAGCAACAACCGACACAACUAACAAACUAACCUCCACAUCCUCUGUAAAUACCGCUCCAAACACCAACACAGUCACAUUUCCCUCAAGCAUGACCACACCACAAUCUCUAUUUGUAACAUCUAUUGCUCAGCCCUCAACAUCUGCAGCUCUAGAAACAGUAGCCACAUCUCCAACAACAAUGGCUUCCACACCUAUUUUUCUGACAACUAUUACUCCCUUCUCUCCAACAACAGCAGCAACUACUCCCAUCUCUCUACCAACAGCUACCUCUCCAACAACACCCAGAACUCCUCCAAGUACAGUAACCACAGCCAUAAACCUGAAAACCAGCAUUCCAGAAACAACUUCAGCAGCAACUAGCACAGACAUAUCUCUAGCAGCCACUUCUCCAUCAACAACUCACCCAAACAUAUCUACCACCACAAUUAGUCCAAUAGCAUUAACAAAUAUAACCACCUUUACAGAAAGUUUUUCAACUCCUCCCACAACAACCAGCACAACCACAAACUCUGCAUCAACACGAGCAACUCUUCCAAAUGCAACAACCACAACCACUGGACCUGCAACAACGGCCAUCACAAGCAUUUCUCAAAAAACAACAGCUAUCAUGCCAACAAAUAACAUAUCUUCAACAUCAAUGAUCACAACCAUCUCUCCAAAAACAUCUUCACAUUUUUCAACAAACAUCACAAGCACCUUUGGAAAUGCAAACACAACUUCUUCCACAACAAUUAUAACAACCGCCACUACAAAAACAACUACAACUCCUCCAACUACCACCAACAAAGCCACCUCUCCCCAAACAAGUCGACCACCAACAGCUUCACCGUCAACAGACUCUACUGCAUUUGCUCAAGCAGUGGUUAGGAUGCUAUCUGUAACUGAACUAAGUAACGAUACAAUCAUUGCCUAUAUAGAUCAGUUUUCCAGACUCAUCCAAGCCAAGAUUAAUGGAAAGGUUACGAUUACAGUGAAGCAGAUUCAAAAAGUCAUGCCUUAAAGAUCACCAGUGGCAGUUCUCUUCAGUGGAAAAGAUGCUCCUAAAUUCGACAAUGCCUUAUAGUUCCCUGUAUCAGCAUGAUAUUUACUUUAUACCAAAAUCAAAUGUAAAAAGUGUAUAGUAUCAUAGCUGUUCUUCUGGACAUACUGCUGCUGCAUUUCAAUAUAGUCUGUGUAAAAGGCACCAGUAUUGUCAGUAAGGCUUGAAAACAGAUUAAUUUUAUUUCAUUUUCCUGACAUUUCUUAGAAACAUGUAAGCACAGCUGUGUUUUAUUUUACUACUCUUCAUCAAUGCAGUCAUAUAGUUUGCAUUAAUAGGUGUGCUGACUAUUAUUAUAGAACAUAUUGUUUUUGGGCAAGAACAUUUUUAAACUAAUUGUCACCCUUCUAAGAAGCACCAUCACACACAGAGCCUUCUGUUUCUGUACUUACAUGAUAUAUUCUAACUGUGUGACACAUAGUGAGAAAACUUUCCAUUGUUAUAUAUAAUCUGAUAAUAGAUAACUGAUUUGAGUGCAAAAUAUAAUUUUUUAGGUACAAAAAAUGUAUUGUGUCAUGGUUAUUCAUGGCCAAUUAAUGUAAAGUGUGUUUAGUAUUUAGGUGGGAUACUGUGGCUGUGUGUGGCAAAAUGCAUGUAUGUAUGUAUGUAUGUAUGUAUGUAUGUAUGUAUGUAUGUAUAUUCUUAUUUUUGUAAUAUUUAAGUCCAGCACUCAAAAUCAUUGCAAAAACGUGCUCUUGUGCAUUUUGCAUAUCUCACGUUUACAUAUACCAUGAUUUAUGUCACACAUGUGGUAUAACAUACAUGUUGUAAAAAUAAAAGUAACAAAUUAUUAAAAACUUUGUAAAAUUCGAUAAAAGAAAUGAAAGUGAAUCAAUAAAGAGCUCUUAUUUC